GGCCGGAAGCUGCCCAUAGAAGCGGGUGGCUAGAGCGGCCCUGCGGGAGGUGGCAGGAAAGGCUGGGAGCAGCUGCCGGAGGUGACGGAGCGGCCGCCCCGCCCCGUGCGCUGGAGGACGAGGCUUCCAGGUAGCGGCCGCGGUUUGUCCCAGGCUCCCGACAACUUGAGACCAGAGCCCCGCACCUCGGUGCAGCCAUGAGUGCCGAGGUGAAGGUGACAGGGCAGAACCAGGAGCAGUUUCUGCUCCUUGCCAAGUCGGCUAAGGGGGCAGCGCUGGCCACACUCAUUCAUCAGGUGCUGGAGGCCCCUGGUGUCUACGUGUUUGGGGAACUGCUGGAUAUGCCCAACGUUAGAGAGUUGGCAGAAAGUGACUUUGCCUCCACCUUCCGGCUGCUCACAGUGUUCGCCUAUGGGACCUAUGCUGACUACUUAGCUGAAGCCAGGAGUCUGCCCCCACUUACCGAGGCUCAGAAGAAUAAGCUUCGGCAUCUGUCCGUUGUCACUCUGGCUGCCAAAGUCAAGUGUAUCCCAUAUGCAGUGUUGCUGGAGGCCCUUGCCCUUCGUAACGUGCGCCAGCUGGAAGACCUUGUGAUUGAGGCUGUGUAUGCUGAUAUCCUCCGUGGCUCUCUGGACCAGCGCAAUCAGAGGCUGGAGGUUGACUACAGCAUCGGGAGGGACAUCCAGCGCCAGGACCUCAGUGCCAUUGCCCGAACCCUGCAGGAGUGGUGCGUAGGCUGUGAGGUGGUGCUGUCCGGCAUCGAGGAGCAAGUCAGCCGUGCCAACCAGCACAAGGAGCAGCAGCUGGGCCUGAAGCAGCAGAUCGAGAGUGAGGUUGCCAACCUUAAGAAAACCAUUAAAGUUACAACGGCGGCAGCUGCUGCAGCCACUUCCCAGGAUCCUGAACAACACCUGACUGAGCUGAGAGAACCAGCUCCUGGCACCAACCAGCGCCAGCCCAGCAAGAAAGCCUCAAAGGGCAAGGGACUCCGAGGGAGCGCCAAGAUUUGGUCCAAGUCGAACUGAAAGGACUUGUUUCUUCCCUGGGAAUGUGGGGUCCCAGCUGCCUACCUGCCUACCCCUUAGGAGUCCUCAGAGCCUUCUGUGCCCCUGGCCAGCUGAUAAUCCUAGCUCAUGACUUUCCAUCUCCUCCACCCCCAAGCAUAAGCCACGUCCUCUGUAGGGAGAAGGCCAGUACAGGUCACGUUCCGUUGGUACUUCUUACGUGUUCCAUUGCUCUCCCCCUGCCACGCUUGCUCUCGUCUUCACUCGGCCCGUGUCACCCGCCAGGCUGGCGGUCCUGUGGAGGGUGCGGUCUCUUCGCCCCACAGGUGUUCUCUACCCGCCCACCCCGCAUGCCUAAUCUGCAGUUCCUCCUCCUCCUCCCUGUGCCUGUUGGGCUGCAUCUGAAAAGGCAUGGGGAGGGGUCCUCCACCUUCAUCCAGCCUUAGAGUUCUGGAGCCAGUCGCUGGGCGCGUUCAUCCCAGACCCCUCACACUACAGUUGUUUCUUGUCCUGUCUCAUCUCCUUGGGCCUGGGAACACUGCUGCUUCAGUGACCCCAGAGCACCGGAACAGCUAUUUUUGAGAUGUUAAGAAAUGGUUCUUUGUUAACUAGUCAUCUUAGGAAACCCAAUGGAAAUCCUGGAAUGAUUUGUAUUUCUUCUUGUGAUUUUGGUGGGGAAGGGAAUAUAGAUUGUAUAUUAAGAAAAAGGUAUAUAUGAAUAGGUCUAUAUAUAACAUGACACAGAAAUAAAUCUAUGAAAAUCUGUGUACAAAAA